CAGUCGACACUGAAGCAGUGCGGGAAGCGAUCAGAUCAGAUCAGAGACUAUAUAUAUAGGUAUAGAGACCCAGCGAGUUGCUUGCAGCUAUAGAGUAGGGCAAAGUCCCCCACUACUUAUUGUUCGGGCGUUGCAGACGACGCGCGCGGCUCAGCUCCCGCAGGCUCGCUAGGUACUUAGCAUCGUCAUCCGCGAGUUUCAGUCUGCCGUCUCAGUCCCGAGUGUCGCGAGUGUGUCGUCCUCAGCCCGAGGCUGCCCUCGCCAAUGCGACCUGAAGGUUUUUAAUAUCCCGAAAACGACAGCGAACAGGAGACAAUGGCGACCCUAAAAUUGUUGGCGGCUGGCGCGAGCGCGAUCAGCGCCGGAGCCCUCACCUCGUACUACAUGCUCACGCCCGAACAACCGGUACACGCGGAAAAAGCUCGACCUAAGAGGAGGCAGCUGCCGACCCGAGAGGACCAGGUGAAGGCGCUGAAGAGCGGCGACACCUACGACGUCCUGAUCAUCGGAGGAGGCGCCACCGGCGCCGGUUGCGCGCUCGACGCGUGCACGCGAGGACUGAAGACGGCGUUGAUAGAGGGCGACGACUUCGCCUCGGGCACCUCCUCCAGGAGCACCAAGCUCAUCCACGGCGGUGUCAGGUACCUGCAGAAGGCCAUCAUGCAGCUGGACAUCGAGCAGUACAGGAUGGUCAAGGAGGCGCUUCACGAGCGGGCGGCCAUGAUCCACAACGCUCCCCACCUGGCGCAUCCUCUGCCCAUCAUGCUUCCAGUUUACACAUGGUGGCAGAUCCCGUACUACUGGUUCGGCAUCAAGAUGUACGACAUCGUGGCCGGCAGCAAAACCGUCAAGUCCUCGUACUACCUCAGCAGGCAGAACGCCCUCGAGCUGUUUCCCAUGUUGAAGGGCGACAAACUCACCGGAGCCAUCGUCUACUACGACGGACAACAAGACGACGCCAGAAUGAACUUGGCGGUGGCGCUGACCGCCUCGAGGCACGGAGCGACUGUCGUCAACCACGUCAGCGUACUGAAUCUCCUCAAAGGCUUGGACAGAGAUGGCAAGCGAGUGCUGACGGGAGCCCGCGUCAAAGACGAACUGACCGGCGAGCAGUGGGACGUGAAGGCGAGGGCGAUCAUCAACGCGACCGGUCCCUUCACCGACAGCAUUCGAAAAAUGGACGACCAGAGCGUCCCGGAGAUCUGCUGCCCGUCGUCCGGCGUCCACAUCGUCCUGCCCGGUUACUACAGCCCCGACCAGAUGGGACUGCUCGAUCCUUCGACGAGCGACGGCCGCGUCAUCUUCUUCCUGCCCUGGCAGAAGCACACGAUCGCCGGCACGACGGACCUGCCCUGCAACAUCACGCACAACCCCAAGCCCACCGAGGACGAGAUCAUGUUCAUCCUGCAGGAGGUGAAGAACUACCUGAACCCGGACGUUGAAGUGCGACGAGGCGACGUGCUCUCGGCCUGGAGCGGCAUCCGGCCCCUCGUCUCCGACCCCAACAAGCCCAACACCCAGUCUCUGGCGCGCAACCACAUCGUACACAUAAGCCCUUCGAAUCUCAUCACGAUAGCCGGCGGCAAGUGGACCACCUACAGGGCUAUGGCUCAGGAGACCAUCGACGCGGCCAUCAAGGCCUGCGAUCUGAAGCCCGAGCGAUCCUGCCAGACUGACGGUCUCCACCUCGAAGGAGCCCAGGGCUUCACCCCGACGAUGUACAUCCGACUGGUGCAGGACUUUGGUCUCGAGUGCGAGGUUGCCCAGCACCUGGCCAAGGCCUACGGUGACCGCGCCUUCGCCGUCGCGAAGAUGGCCGCGCUGACUGGCAAGCGGUGGCCCAUCAUCGGCAAGAAGCUGCACCCCGAGUUCCCCUACAUCGACGCUGAGAUCCGUUACGGUUGCCGAGAGUACGCGCGAACUGCGAUCGACAUGAUCGCGCGCAGGCUCAGACUGGCUUUCCUGAACGUCCAGGCGGCCCAGGAAGCUCUGCCCAUGAUCGUCGACAUCAUGGCCGAGGAGCUCAAGUGGAGCGAGGACGAGAAGAAGAAGCAGCUGAAGGCGGCCACCGAAUUCAUAGCCAACGAGAUGGGACAGGUGGUGAACAGGGCCUCUCGCGACAAGAUACCCAUCAAUCUCACCAAGGACGAGAUUCAGUUGUACAUCAAGCGGUUCCAGAUCAUCGACAAGGACCGCAAGGGAUACGUGUCAAUCAACGACAUCAGACGAGGACUUAAGAGUCUUGGCAUACACCUGCACGAGAAGGAGAUGCAUUUGUUACUCAAUGAAAUUGAUCUCAGCUACAACGGCCAGCUGGAACUACAAGACUAUCUCCAGCUGUUUGGUGACAAGGAUGUGCCGGGCGAAGAGCUUCACGAAAUCCUAAAAGAAAUCGACACUAACAUGAACGGUCAAGUCGAACUGGACGAAUACCUUCAGAUGAUGUCGGCGAUAAAGUCCGGGCACGUGGCCUACUCGCGUUUCGCGCGGAUGGCCGAAAUGGAGGAGGCGCAGCACGAGAAGGAAUCGCUCAAGAAGAAGAUUAGCGUCGAACGGUCUGGCGGUGGACUCUAAACUGAUUUUCGGCGCACCUGCAUCGACAUCUCCCCAUCAUAUUGCAUAAUAAUAUAUAGCCUGUGCUGUCACACAUUAUGUCUCCCUCCCGUCCGUCGUCGGUUAUCACUGCACCAUGAUUAUUUAUUGCGUAUAGGAGAAUCGACGAUUACUUAUAUUAUAGAUAUAUUAUUGUAUUGCGUGCUCGCUGGAUCUUUUGGCCGCGCGAUGAGCGACAGUAUUUAAAACAAAUUUUAAAACAACAACGCGUACAAUGUGUAAGUUACACACGAAUUCAGAGGCUUCGCUCCAAGGGAUUUCGGGAGGACGCGUUCACGUAUCAUAGCAGAGUUUUAUUAAAACCGCUCACCUGCUCUGUUGCAGCCGUCACUUCGAGAUCGUUGCGAUAACGCGAUUCUUUCAUAUAGAGGAGGGAAGAACAAGAAACUUUUUUCAAACUUGUAAUAUCGCGAGUCUGACGCGCUCGCGUGUAUCUCGUUACAUGAUGCGCAUAUAAUUCUAUAUUAUAUAAUAUUUUAUAUAUAUAUAAUAUUAUAUAUAUAUAUAUAUAUAUAUAUAUAUAUAUAUAUAUACCUAUGAUGACUCUGAUGAGACUUGAGAUUUGUAAUUAGAGUCGGAUUUGCCUUUUUCGAUAUUAACAUGUAACUCAGACCGACAGAAGGUAAUGGAUCAAACGCAAAGAUUAUUGUAAACGCGCGAGAAGAGCCACCGAGGAGAGGAUUAUGAUCAAACGAGAGCCGAACAACUUUUUUCGUGUACGGAUCAGGAUCAUGAACUUAUUUAUAGAUGAUAUUCUGCGUGUGUGUACAUAAAACUCAUCUAUAUAUACUCUGUAAGGUCGUGAGGCCUUCAAUUGUUAUUAUUAUAUUCUAUUUAAACAUUAGGAAAGUAUAAUUAUCGUACGUUAGCAAUAAAUUUCACACGCCAGCGCGACGCAAUUAUUUAUUUCAUCAGCAGCAAUUAUUGUUCUGUUGUAUUUCGUCUUAUGUUAUUGACAGGUGAAGGAAGAAAACAUGAUUAUCAAAAAGAAUGAAAACGAAUAAUAUGAGUAUGAUUGAUGAUUAUUCACUGACACGCUCGCUGGAACGAUUUGCAAAAAAGUAUGUGUCAAAUAUAACGGUGAAAUUCUCUUAA